AUGAAGGCUUCUUCUCUUCUUUCUCUGUCUAUAUUCAUCACUUUUGUAUCAAUAUUCUCUCUUUUUUCUUAUCUUCCAUCAUUCUUCGCUCAACUCUCAAGAAUCGAACUUCAAUUGGAACAGGAGUUGAACGAGUUUUUAAGUAUUGAGAAUGAGUUGAGAAAAGAAUUCAACAAAUAUCCAAAAAAUCAUGUAAGAAGACAAAAAAGACAUUGGUACAACUAUUGUGAAUGCGAAUAUUUAAAUUUUUGCGCACCUGGAAAGAAAGGGAAAACAGGCCCCGACGGUCCACCAGGGGAAGAUGGUCUUCCUGGAAUGCCAGGUUCUCCUGGAAUCCCUGGAGAACUUCCAAACAUUCUGUACCAACAAGUGUUAGGAUGUCGUCUUUGCCCCUAUGGUCCGAAAGGUAAACCUGGGUUCCGAGGGAUCGAUGGAAUGCCGGGAGUCCCUGGUUGGCCCGGUGACACUGGCGUCCGGGGAAUGAAUGGAGAAAAAGGACCAAUUGGAAUCGAUGGACCUCCCGGAGAAGCAGGAGUUCCAGGUCUUCCUGGUUUUCCUGGAAUUCCUGGAAAGAUUGGAAUAACUGGAAUCAAAGGAGUUAUGGGAGAAGUUGGGGAACCUGGCGCACCAGGUAUUCCUGGAGAAGAAGGUAUUCCUGGAUUACCAGGAAAGCCUGGAAUCAAAGGUCCAGUUGGACCGAUGGGUUAUGAAGGACCAUACGGAGAACGAGGAGCUCCAGGGGUGCCAGGUCCAAUGGGUCGUCGUGGAGGUCCUGGUAUGGAUUCUCACUAUUGUCCAUGUCCCUCACGGAAGAUGUUCUUGUCAAUUCUCAGAGAGAAAUCAAAGAAACAAUUGUGA